AAUUUUUUAUUUUUCCCACAGCUCUCUGAAAAGUGGUGUAUAAUAAAAACUUCUAUUGCCAUUUUGUCACAGGAGAACUAGUCCUCUUCGAAUCUCUUCCUUCCACUACUGCUGCUUCGGGUCCUGAAACUAAAGAGAAGCCCACCGAGAGGAGAGAGAGGGCUGAAGACAGAGAUAGAGAGACAAGGCUGUUGUCCGAAUUCAUGGAUUCGUUUGUUGUGGCGGAAUUUCGAGUUCAGAUAAGUUGGGUUUUUUGUGGUAAUGUUCUCGGCUGAUUGGUUUCUUCGUUUUUAAAGACUAUGGCCAUGGAUUCUUCUUUCGAGGGAGUCAUCCUUGAUCCAUCAAAAUGCAGUAAGUUGAGUAUCGAGGAAAAGAGGGAACUAGUAUAUGAAAUAUCGAAGUGGUCACAUGGUGCCCCUGAAAUACUGCAGUCAUGGAGCCGACAGGAGAUUUUAAAAAUCCUGUGUGCAGAGAUGGGAAAAGAAAGGAAAUAUACUGGCUUGACGAAGUUGAAAAUCAUAGAGAACCUUCUGAAAAUUGUAUCUGAAAAGAAAUUAGGGGGGCACACAGCUGUAAUUGAUCUUGAACAACCGUCUUCCCCUGCACUUGGCCAAAGAACUAUCAAAAGGCAGAGGAAAACUGAGCACCCUUCUCGACUAACUGCUCCAGCAUAUAAUCUUUCUCACAAUAAUGGGGGCACUGAUCUAGGUAAUACUAUAUAUUGCAAAAACUCAGCUUGCAGAGCUACCUUAGAUCGAGUAGAUGACUUUUGCAAAAGAUGUUCAUGUUGCAUCUGCUAUCAGUACGAUGACAACAAGGAUCCAAGCCUGUGGUUGAUUUGCAGCUCAGACCCUCCAUUUCAACGUAAUUCAUGUGGCAUGUCCUGCCAUCUGGAGUGUGCUCUAAAACAUGAAAGAUCUGGCAUUUCUAAAGGACAGUGUGCUGGACUUGAUGGGAGCUUUUACUGUGUAUCUUGUGGGAAAAUGAAUAAUUUGCUUGGAUGCUGGAGAAAACAACUGAUGACAGCAAGGGAUACAAGACGUGUUGACAUACUGUGUUAUCGUGUGUCCUUAAGCGAAAAGCUUUUAAAGGGGACUGAAAAGUAUCGUAAGCUUUAUGAGAUUGUGGAUGAAGCUGUUAAGAAGCUUGAGGCUGACGUGGGCCCUUUAACUGGAUUACCUGUAAAGAUGGGUAGGGGUAUUGUCAACAGACUUUCUUCAGGACCAGAGGUCCAGAAACUGUGCGCCUUGGCUGUGGAAUCACUGGAUUCCUUGCAAUCCAAUACAUUUUUGCAUCCAUUGUCUGAUCCUGUGAUUCAAGGAAGUAUUAGCUUUAUGAUGUGUUUUGGAUUAUUGAGGACUGAGGAAAGUAGUGACAAUACUUCUGUUUUAUGCCCUUCGUCGUCUACAGAUUCAAAUAUGAUUGCUCCCAAUAUUGUCAGAUUUCUAGAUGUCCAUGCAACAUGCCUCACUGUGAUUUUGGGUUCAGAAGAUUCUUUGCCAGAAGAUCUUGUUGGGUAUAACUUAUGGCAUCGAAAGGCUCAUGAUAUGGAUUAUCCUUCAGAACCUACUCGUAAACUUGUUGCUCCCAAUACAAGGUUUGUCAUCACAGGACUAACUCCAGCUACAGAGUAUUGUUUCAAAGUUGUUUCAGUAAAUGGUGCGAGAAAUUUGGGUAUGUGUGAAGUUUGUCUGUCAACCGGCAGUGCUGAUGAUGAAGUCCUAAACAGCUUUGUAACAGAAAGAAGUCAAAGCCCAGCUACCAACUGUAGUAGCCUUUCAAAUCCUUCCUCGGUGGAAGAUGAAACUAAUAACAUUACUGCUUACAGUGACCUGGCUGAUAAAGCAGACAAUUAUCUUACUUAUAGCAAGGAUAAAGAUAAAUUUAUUUCAGCAAAAGGAUGUGAUGAUGCUCUGAACUGCAGUGAUAUGGGUGAAGGAACUCCAACGGAUUUGGUUUCAGUUUUGGAUGAAGAGCGUGCUAUGCUGACAGUUGACUCUGCGCCCAAUUCUGAUGUCACAAAGAUUGAGAACAAGAACUCGCAAAGCCAAAUUAUUGAGGACAUGAGCACUGAUGAUGGAUCAAAUUCUCCAGUUCGAAAAGGAAUGGAAUGUGUGGUGUUUGUUAGUAAUUCAGAAGCUGGCUUGCCCAUUACUCCAUGCAAAUUGGAAGUGCUUAAGGAUGGGUUAGGAAGGAAUGGGAGAUCCAAAUCCUGCUGUAAGGAUCUGGAAAAUGGGAUUGGGAAAGGAGAGGAACCCCAAGAUGGUAGCACAUCGAAAAAGAAAAGUAUGGAAAUGCAGGCUGAGGAAUGUGCCGCAAAUGGUACUUCAGACAGGGAUUUUGAGUAUUGUGUGAAAGUAAUCAGAUGGUUAGAGUGUAAGGGUCACAUCGAGAAGAAUUUCAGGCAGAAAUUCCUGACUUGGUAUAGCUUGAGGGCAAACUCACAAGAGGUAAGGAUUGUGAAGGUUUUUGUUGAUACUUUUCAUGAAGAUCCAGCUUGUCUUGCAGAGCAGCUGGUGGACACCUUUUCAGAAAGUGUUUCAAAUAAGAAAUCAUCUGUGGUGCCAGCAGGAUUUUGCAUGAAGCUUUGGCAUUGACCAUCAUGUAAUGAGUGAUCUGCUAUUAGAUGGAUCUACUUUUGAAUGCAGGCCCCAUCAGGGUUUGUGUAUCUAUAAUUCUUUAUACCCCCUAUCAUUCAUCAUUUAUACUUCUCAUCAUGAUCACCAUUAUGCCAUUCUUAUGAUGAUGUAAGAAGCUUAGUGCUCGAUCCAUUUUAUAAUACAGCCUCUAUCACAACAUUAAUGACAUUAUUCCAUUUAUGUCAUUUGAUUUGCUUCAA